GAGAGAAAGCAGUAGAGUAUUUUUCUUUUGGAUAGAGCAUCAGUUCACAUUCAUUGUGAUCAGCCAAUUGAAGAAACAGGAACAACUAGCAAAAUGGCCCAAGAUGGAAUGUCCAGAGAAGAAUAUGAGGAGUAUCAGAAGCAGAUGGUGGAGGAAAAGAUGGAGAGAGAUGCAGAGUUCAACACAAAAAAGGCAGAAAGGGCUUGUCUGAGGACUUGUUUAAGAGACAAAUAUCGACUUCCAAAGAGUGAACAGGAUGAGAUUAUGAUUCAGCAGGCCGGAGAUGACAUUGACGUGCCAGAAGAAAUGAUCAAGAUGGUGGAUGGAGAAGCGCCGCAGGAGGAGGAGGAAAAGGAGUCCAUCAUGGGUCAAAUGCAGAACCUUCAGAACAUGGAUAUGGGGCAGCUCAAAGAAAAGGCUCAGGCCACGUUUGUGGAGAUGAAAUCCAAGGCUGAGGAGAAGUGCACUGUCAUGUAAUGUGACGAGGAAGUCAAAGUCAUCUAAUGUUGAUGACUUGCAUUUGCUUUUGCAGUGAAACUAUUAAUUUUCGUUUUCCUGAUAAAUAUUGAUCACACUUUGAGAGAUGGAUGUCAUUGUUCAGAAAUGGAUUUGUGAAUUUAUUCAAAGUUCUUUCAGUUGGUUUCUUGUUUUCCUUUUUAAUCAAAUUCAUUGUUUUUAUUUAGUUCCUUUUUUUAAUCAAACUGUUAUUGACCUUUUCAUUGAGUAAUCUUGAAUUACAAAGUCAGAUUGAUCACCAAUAUCUACAUGCUAAAAGACAAUGACAUUUGAUUCAUGCACUUUAUUUAAAAAUAAAGUUUUUUUUUAAACAUGUCUUUAAAACCCAUAGGAAAAAGAGAUGUUUUGAGAUGUAAUGAGGUGAAAGAAUUUGUAACAUAAAUGAUCAUUUAAAAUGACUAAAUACUAUUUUCUUUACACUAAAUAAUCGUAAUAAGUUAGUCAUGUGAAAGAAUGAAAACUGGUAGAAAAGAGACCUAACUUGUCAUUUUUGCACUGCUUCAAUCACCAAAUGUAAUCAAUCACAAAAAGAAUAUGAUCAAUUUAUGAAAGAAUUUCUUAUAGUUGAUGUAAAGACUGGACAUUAAUUUUUAGAUUGUAUUUUUUACAUGGAAAAAAACACACCCUUGAACUGUAAUUUACUAAUCCCACAGUCCUUAAAACAAGAACAGUACUCCACCCAAAAUGAAGCUUUUCUCAGACUUUUUAAACUUUUUGACGAAGUGGAUGCUUCAAAAAGCAAACACUACUAAUCCAUGCGACCACAGUUGAUGAAUCAGUGUUCUCUGAAGUUAAACUAUACAUGUGUGAGAAAAAAAAGACAUAUUUAUUCAUUUUUUAAACCAUAACCAACAGCUUUCAUUCAAUUGAGAUAAAACAUCAGUGUGUUUAUACAUCACAUAAGCUCUCUGAAGCUUGUGCGAGAACUGCUGGUCCCGUGUACUUCAUAAACCUGCAUGUAGCUGUAGUCGUAUAGAUUAACAUGAUGUUCAAUUUGU